UGUGGGGUUGGUGUUUCUUGUGAUGGGGUUCUUAAGUUUUAAGAGGAGCAUAGAGAGGCAGACAGGAGAAGAGGGAAGGAAGAGAGGGAAAAUAAGAAAAAACUAGGCAAAUGGUUCUUCGUCUUCGUCUUCGUCUUCUGUUCUUGAGUGAUUGAUAUUUUGCUCUCUCUCACUGUGUGUCGAAGUCUGUGAGAGAGGGAGAGAGAGGUGAGAGUCUUCUCUUUCUUUCUUGUGGACUGUGAAGGAGGAGGAGGUGGUGCUUUAGAACGUUCUCACUGUUUGUGUGAGUGUCUGUAGUGUUUUCUUGAUGGAUACCAAAGGGAGGCUUAUUGCUGGUUCACAUAACAGAAAUGAGUUUGUACUAAUCAAUGCUGAUGAGAUUGGAAGAGUAACAUCUGUGAAGGAAUUGAGUGGGCAGAUUUGUCAGAUUUGUGGAGAUGAGAUUGAAUUUACUGUGGAUGGAGAGCCGUUUGUGGCCUGCAAUGAAUGUGCAUUCCCUGUUUGUAGACCUUGCUAUGAAUACGAGAGAAGGGAGGGUAAUCAAGCUUGCCCUCAGUGCAAGACUAGAUACAAGCGCAUAAAAGGGAGUCCAAGAGUAGAGGGUGAUGAAGAUGAGGAUGAAUUUGAUGAUUUGGAGCACGAGUUUGACUAUAACAGCAAUGAGAGAAGAGACCCUCAACAGAUUGCAGAGGCAGCCCUUGCUGCUAGACUUAAUAUUGGCCGUGGUGGUAAUGUCAAUGCAUCUGGAAUUACUACCCCAUCAGAAAUGGAUUCAGCCCUUGAUUCAGAGGUCCCUCUCCUUACCUAUGGUCAAGAGGAUGAUGGCAUAUCAGCUGACAAGCAUGCUUUGAUAAUCCCUCCUUUUAUGGGUCGUGGAAAGAGAGUCCAUCCAGUUCCGUUUACUGAUAACUCCAUGUCUUUGCCACCUCGCCCAAUGGAUCCUAAGAAGGAUCUUGCAGUUUAUGGAUAUGGUACAGUUGCAUGGAAGGAUAGGAUGGAAGAGUGGAAGAAAAAACAAAAUGAAAAAUUGCAAGUUGUUAAGCAUCAAGGGGAUAAAGGUGGUGGAAAUAAUGAUGGAGAUGAGCUGGAUGAUCCUGACUUGCCCAAGAUGGAUGAAGGCAGGCAGCCACUUUCAAGAAAGUUGCCAAUUCCUUCAAGCAAGAUAAAUCCAUACAGGAUGAUUAUUCUAAUCCGCAUGGCGAUUCUUGGCUUAUUUUUCCAUUAUAGAAUUCUUCAUCCUGUCAAUGAUGCAUAUGGAUUGUGGCUGACAUCAAUUAUAUGUGAGAUAUGGUUUGCAGUGUCAUGGAUAUUUGAUCAAUUCCCCAAGUGGUUCCCUAUUGAGCGAGAGACAUACCUAGACAGACUUUCACUGAGGUAUGAGAAAGAAGGGAAGCCUUCUGAGUUAGCUCCAGUCGAUAUAUUUGUGAGUACAGUGGAUCCAAUGAAAGAGCCUCCCCUUAUCACAGCAAAUACAGUUCUUUCCAUCCUUGCUGUGGAUUACCCAGUGGAUAAGGUUGCCUGUUAUGUAUCUGAUGAUGGUGCUGCAAUGCUUACUUUUGAGGCACUUUCGGAGACAUCUGAAUUUGCCAGAAAAUGGGUACCAUUUUGCAAGAGGUUCAGCUUAGAGCCUCGAGCCCCAGAAUGGUAUUUUGCUCAGAAGGUUGACUAUCUCAGAGACAAAGUAGAUCCUACAUUUGUGAGGGAACGCCGUGCAAUGAAGAGAGAAUACGAGGAGUUUAAAGUUCGGAUAAAUGGGUUGGUUGCCAUGGCUCAAAAGGUACCUGAGGAGGGUUGGACCAUGCAGGAUGGAACUCCUUGGCCUGGAAAUAGUGUCAGGGAUCAUCCUGGAAUGAUCCAGGUAUUCCUGGGACAUAAUGGUGUCCGUGAUAUUGAAGGAAAUGAAUUGCCCCGUCUUAUAUAUGUUUCUCGAGAGAAAAGGCCGGGAUUUGAGCACCAUAAGAAGGCUGGAGCCAUGAAUGCUUUGAUUCGAGUUUCAGCAGUCAUCUCAAAUGCCCCAUACCUGCUUAAUGUUGAUUGUGAUCACUACAUCAAUAACAGUAAGGCUCUUCGAGAAGCUAUGUGCUUCAUGAUGGACCCCACAUCAGGAAAGAAAAUAUGCUAUGUGCAGUUUCCUCAGAGAUUUGAUGGGAUUGAUCGUCAUGAUAGAUAUUCAAAUCGCAAUGUUGUCUUUUUCGACAUAAAUAUGAAAGGCCUGGAUGGGAUCCAAGGUCCGAUUUAUGUUGGAACUGGAUGUGUCUUCAGGAGGCAAGCUCUUUAUGGAUAUGAUGCUCCUAAAAAGAAGAAACCCCCAGGCAAAACAUGCAAUUGUCUCCCAAAGUUGUGUUGCUGUUGUUGUUGCUCGAGGAACAAGAACAGGAAAGGGAAAUCGAAGGAUAAAAAGAAGACAAAAGGCAGGGAAACUUCAACUCAGAUACAUGCACUUGAAAACAUUGAAGAAGGAAUUGAAGGAAUUGAUAGUGAAAAGUCCUCCCUCAUGCCUCAGAUAAAAUUUGAGAAAAAAUUUGGACAAUCGCCUGUAUUUAUUGCUUCUACACUUCUUGAAGAUGGUGGUGUGCCUCCAGGUGCAACACCCUCAUCACUUUUGAAAGAGGCCAUCCAUGUGAUCAGUUGUGGUUAUGAAGACAAAACAGAAUGGGGGAAAGAGGUUGGUUGGAUAUAUGGAUCUGUUACUGAGGAUAUAUUGACCGGUUUUAAAAUGCAUUGCCAUGGCUGGCGAUCAGUAUAUUGCAUUCCUAAAAGGCCUGCAUUUAAGGGUUCUGCCCCUAUUAAUCUGUCAGAUCGUCUACACCAGGUUCUCCGUUGGGCCUUGGGUUCUGUUGAGAUUUUCUUGAGCAGACAUUGUCCAGUUUGGUACGGCUAUGGAUGUGGCUUGAAGCCACUGGAGCGAUUUUCAUACAUAAACUCAGUCGUCUAUCCAUUGACAUCGCUGCCGUUGAUUGCUUAUUGUACCUUGCCAGCCGUGUGUCUCUUAACUGGGAAGUUCAUUGUCCCCGAGAUAAGCAACUAUGCCAGUAUCAUUUUCAUGGGCCUCUUCAUAUUAAUUGCUGUUACCGGUAUCCUGGAAAUGCAAUGGGGUGGUGUUGGCAUAGAUGAUUGGUGGAGAAACGAGCAGUUCUGGGUUAUUGGCGGUGUGUCAGCGCAUCUUUUUGCUCUCUUCCAAGGUUUACUCAAGGUUUUAGCUGGUGUCAAUACCAACUUUACCGUUACAUCAAAAGCAGCUGAUGAUGGGGCGUUUUCUGAGCUUUAUCUGUUUAAGUGGACUUCAUUAUUGAUCCCUCCAAUGACCUUGUUAAUAAUUAACAUCAUCGGCGUCAUUGUUGGGGUGGCAGAUGCCAUCAAUACUGGAUAUGAUUCUUGGGGUCCACUGUUUGGGAAGCUGUUCUUUGCCUUUUGGGUGAUUGUCCAUUUAUACCCAUUCCUGAAGGGUUUGAUGGGGAGGCAGGAUAGACUUCCCACUAUUAUUGUGGUGUGGUCAAUCCUGUUGGCUUCAAUAUUCUCCCUGCUAUGGGUCCGUAUCAACCCUUUUGUGAACAAGAAUGGCAUUGUAUUAGAAAUUUGUGGGUUGGACUGUGAGUGAGAAGAUACAGGAAGGAUAGAAAACAUUUAGAUGGUUGAGAUGAUACAGAAGAAAGGGCUGCGUCUUGGGGUGAAAAUGAAAUCCCAGAGGGCACAGUUUGUUGUUUAUUCAAGAAAGUGGUAUAAAUUGAUUGGAAGGAACUCUGUCAUGGGUUGUGUAGAUAAAAAGAGCCGAGGCCAGUCAGGUUGAUAUUUGUUUGCAAAGUUUUUCUUUGAUUCUUUUGAUAAAUUUUUUAGAUUUUGUUGUUUGGAAGAAACAUAAGUGGAAAAAUAUCUGUGCAGUCCCAAAAAGAACAUAAUGUUUCAUAAUUUUAUAUUCCCUUCUUAAUAAGGGACUCCAUACAAGCAGUGUUCUCAAAACUCUAGUUUCAAUAUAAUCUCUCUCUCCUCAUUUCUCA